UUCUUUUCCAGUUUAGGUCUAAUAUCGGAUUCUUUUCAUAUGUUUUUUGACUGUACUGCUCUAUUGGCUGGAUUAGCAGCUUCAGUUAUUUCAAAAUGGAGGUCAAACGAUGCUUUCUCAUAUGGGUACGUUCGAGCAGAAGUACUUGCUGGUUUUGUAAAUGGCUUAUUCCUCAUCUUUACAGCAUUCUUCAUUUUUUCUGAAGGUGUUGAGAGAGCACUUGAGCCUCCUGACGUGCAUCAUGAGAGACUUCUUCCUGUGUCUAUACUAGGAUUCAUUGUAAAUCUUAUAGGAAUAUUUGUUUUCCAACAUGGAGGUCAUGGGCAUUCACAUGGCUCUGGACAUGAACACAGCCAUUCUCUAUUUAAUGGUGGUCUCAGCCAUGGACACAGUCAUGGAGGUCAUGGUCACAGCCAUGAACAUAAACAUGGCCAUGGACACACUCAUGAUCAUGGCCAUAGCCAUGGACACUCUCACGGUCAGGAUUAUUGUCACAAUGACCAUUCUCUUGAAGGGAUGGCUGGAUCCAGCAAACAGAUUUUACAAGGUGUAUUUCUACACAUUGUUGCAGACACCCUCGGAAGUAUUGGUGUAAUCAUAUCUGCUAUAUUGAUGCAGAACUACGGUCUAAUGAUAGCAGAUCCUAUUUGUUCAAUGCUGAUAGCACUACUUAUAGGUGUAAGUAUUGUUCCACUUUUAAAAGAAUCCAUUGGAAUUUUGAUGCAGCGAACUCCUCCUUCCCUGGAAAAUGCCCUGCCUCAGUGCUACCAGAGGGUGCAGCAGUUGCAAGGAGUUUACAGUUUACAUGAUCCACAUUUCUGGACCCUCUGUACUGAUGUUUACAUAGGGACUUUGAAAUUAUUGGUAGCUCCUGAUGCUGAUGGAAGGUGGAUUCUAAGCCAGACUCACAAUAUUUUUACUCAGGCAGGAGUAAGACAGCUUUACAUACAGAUUGAUGUCGCAGCCAUGUAGUGAAUUUCUGAAAUUGUGCUGUUGGACCAAAGUUUUCUGUACCGUAAUGGUAUAACAACAUACUUCUCAAGACAGAGCCUGCCUCCACCACUCUUCUGGAAUUGACUGAAUAGAUUUCUGCCCUUGGGCUAUGGAUGGAGUUCACUUUUAAGGAGUAAAUAUUGAAUGAAUGUUAUGGACUUUGGGUCUUGUCUUUUUGUGGCCCCUAGACUUGUAAGUUUUUGAGGGUUUUUUACUUACUAAGAUUGUGGUACUGGAAACCCUGUCAUGUGUUCAGUAAAGCUGCUGAAACCACUGCUCAUUCCCAUGAAACCAGUGUUAUCAACAAUUGGAAACUUGUUUUGUAGAUAAUGUCACAGGCUGACAUGCUUCAAUAUAAUUGUAUGUUUGUACAAUUGUUUGUACUUUGCAAACUUAAUGAACCAAACCAUAUUGGGUUUUCAAAGUGCCUUCUAUAUCAGGAGAGGUGUUUGCCAGCAUAAAUACAGAGCAUCAAGGGGUUUUAUUACUUCUACAAAUAUCUUGUAUGCAGUCUGAUUAUUUACUAGUGAUGUAUGUGGGGGGUUUGUGUACUUGCAUAACUGUAGAUGUUAGACUUCCCUUAUACUUGCAUCUUACCAAACAGACAGAAAAAUUCUAAAUAGAAAAGGCAAAGCUCUUGUGAAGAGACUUGCUUCCAAAACAAGCUGGAUAUUUUGUUGCACAUAUC